CGUAGUUACACCUUCACUAUAUGCUUUUGGUUGUUGGUUAUGCCCCUAAUUUUUAAGAAACACAAUAUUCAUUCUCUGCGGCCGUAGAUGUGCCACUGUAGUACAUCAUUUUUCAUCGUCGGACCAUUCCUGCAUCGCAGCACAUUUUCGCACAUUGGAUUGAUUGUACGGAAUCUGUGAUUUGUUAUUGGAAUACACUGCUAAUAAGAUUUUGCCUUAGUGAAGAGUAUACUUUAGUGUGUCAUCAUGGAGGUCAUUACAGCAGAUACUGUGGACAAGAAUAACUUUCUGUUUACCUCUGAGAGCGUAAAUGAGGGACACCCGGAUAAAAUAUGUGACCAGAUUUCAGAUGCAAUUCUUGAUGCUUGUCUUAGGCAGGAUCCUGAGAGUAAGGUUGCUUGCGAAGUAUGUGCAAUAAAGAACCUUGUUAUGGUCUUUGGGGAAAUCACAACCAAUGCUGUUGUGGACUACCAGGCCGUUGUGCGCCAGGUGUUAACUGAUAUCGGAUACACAUCUAACGAACUAGGUUUUGACGCCUCCACUGUGGAAAUCAUGGUGAGGCUGGCUCAGCAGGCUCCCGAAAUAGCUAGUGCCGUGCACCUUGGUCGUAAGCUUGAAGAGACCGCUGCUGGUGACCAGGGCAUCAUGUUUGGUUACGCUUCUGAUGAAACACCUGAAUUGAUGCCCUUAUCGCAUGCUCUUGCUACUAGGCUCGGCAAGCGUUUGACAAAGGUCCGCAAAACUAAGGUUAUGCCAUAUCUUCGUCCUGAUGGCAAGACUCAGAUAACUGUUGAGUACAGGGUGGAGCCUAAUGGUCACUUGGAGCCUGUUCGCGUCCAUACCGUGCUUAUUUCAACUCAACACGAUCCUGAUGUAUCGCUCGAUACACUACGCGAGGACUUAAUGGAGCAUGUCGUAAAGCCGACGGUACCCUCCAAGUUUCUAGACAAGGAUACCGUGUACUUGUUUAACCCUUCGGGUAAAUGGGUACAUGGAGGUCCAGCCUGCGAUUCUGGUCUUACCGGCAGAAAAAUAGUGGUUGACACUUAUGGCGGCUGGGGAGCUCACGGCGGUGGUUGUUUUUCCGGUAAAGAUGCUACCAAGGUAGAUCGUUCCGGGGCGUAUUACUGUCGUUUAGUGGCCAAGUCGUUAGUCGCCAACGGAUUCUGUCGGCGGGUACUACUACAGGUGGCAUAUUCCAUCGCGGUCGCGAACCCACUAUCGCUGCACAUCAACUCCUUUGGCACAUGUGCCGAAGGCUUCGACGACAACAAGUUAAAGGAAAUUGUUUUCCGCAAUUUUGACUUCCGUGUUGGUUGCAUAAUCAAGCAGCUCGACCUUACGCGGCCAAUAUUCUCAAAGACCAGCUGCUAUGGCCACUUUGGGCGCCAUGGUGACGAGUACACCUGGGAGCGAUGCAUAGACCUAUCUCAUGAAACACCUCCCGGUAGCAAGGUCCGCAGUCCCUGGUGUGACUGUAACUUCCUUAUAAAGUGAUGUGAAUGUCAUUUGUUGAUAUGUAUGC